UGGCAAAAACCAUAACAUAGAAACAAAACAGAAUUUUCAGCAAUAUUUGUAACUAAUGCAGGUACAGUGCCCGCAUACAAUCCCCGGGCUAUUCCAUCCUGCAUGUAGCAAUAAAAAAUGUGGAAUGAACCUGACCCAGAUCCAGGGGGACAAAAAGACUCUUUAACAGAAUUGUCACCUCAAGAGCUCUCAGAUCUUAAAGAUCAAAAUGAACAGCAACUUUUACUUAUCGCUCAGCUCAAGGAAAUGUUGAGGAAGGAACAGAGUAGUGUAACUCAAGAAAAAGUUGAAGAAUAUGUAAACACUUUAAGUAGAGCUAAAGCAAAAAAAUCUAGGUUAAAACUUGAAAACUCAGCAGCAAGUGGUAGCGGAAGGCCCACUAGCGCCGUCAGCAUAGAUGCUAGUAAAAAGGAGAGGAUAAAUUUGCUCAGGCAACAGCUUGAGGAAAAUAAAGCAAAACUUGCUGAGAGAAGCAAAAGUCAAAAAGGAAUAGAAGAAAUGGUUACACAACUUCAAGCUCAACUCAAGGAGUCCCAACAAUACAUUCCAUUGAAUGUGUCCUUAUCGGAAACUAAAAUAGUUGACUAUAAUGAAAAUACAUCGCAGAAGGAACUGUAUAACAUCCUUUUGACGAAAGAAAAGAAAAUCGCCGAGCUCACAGCAAAAUCGCAGAAACUCGAGGAAAACGUUUUGGAUUUACAAGAAAAUUUGAAAGAGAAAGAUUCAGUAAUUGAUGCCAGAACGAAAGCUAUUACCUUAAUGACAGAUAGUUUGAGUAAAAAGGGCAAAACUACUUUGGAUGCCCUUGAGGAAACGAAAGAGCAAAUGCGCAAAAUGCAGGAGGACUUUGUCACAUUAGAAGGCGAAAUGAAAGCUCGGCAAUUGAGCCUUUUGAAUGACCUGAAAGUUAAAAACUUUGAGAUUGGAGAUUUGGAGAGAAUUAUUAAACAGUUAGAGAAUGAAAAUGUUGAGUUAAAAUUAAUUCAAUCGGAUUUUGAUAAUAAAGUGCAAAUGGAAAUAGAAAAGAGAACAGCCCAAUCUUCUGAGUUGCCACUGGCAAUUAGCUUCUCAGAGAAAGAGACUUUGACGGAAGACCAGAUUUUUAAAGAAUUACAAAAAAUUAAGCACAAAAAUGUUGAGUUAUUAGAGAAUAUAUUGGAGCGCGGAAAGAAUCUCUUAGAAAAUCGAAAAGAAGAUGCGCAAAAAAAAUUGUCUAAUGAAAAUGAAAAACUUAUUAAAGAAAACACCGAAUAUUCUCAGAAAAUUUCUGAAUUAGAAAAGCAGUUAAAAGAGGCUCUGUCAGAUUUGAAUAUUUUAAGAAAUACCAGUUCAGGUUCAAGUGUGAAAGAAAUUGAGGUCAACAGUGAAUUGGAAAAGCUAAAGAAACAACUAGAAGAGAGCAAUAAGAGCAUGAUUAAAAUGAGAGCUCAGCAUAAGUCAAAACUAAAAGAACUGAAUAAAAAGUUGGAUCAAUUUAAAAAGAUGAAUGAUGCCAAUGCUCUCAUUACUCAGUUGCAGAAUGAAAACACAAAAUUGAGUGAAAGAAUUGCCGAGUUGGAAGAAGAGAAAGGAAAUAUGCAGCUGAAGAUGGUGGAAUCCACUGGUAGUUCUAAAGAUUCUAGUGAAUUGGAGGAUGCGGUCAAAAAUCUAGAAGAGACUGUUUCAAGGAUUAAGGAUGAGGUCACAGAAAAAGAUAAAGUUGUUGAAAUCUUGGAAUCAGGUGGGUCUGUGUUUUUCGAAAUAAACUUGACUGAAUUUCUGUGUUAUUUUGUAGAAGUAUUGUCCCUUAAAAAAGAGCUAAACAUGAAGAAUGAGGAAUUCAGUUCUCAGGUUUCAUCAGAACUCUCAUCUAUAUAUUAUGAGGAACAGUUAGAAAAACUACAGGCUGAAAAGAAGGCAAUUAUGGCAGAAAUGAUCUCCCUUAAGCUUAGAAAUGAGGAAUUGUUAGAGAAAGUGGAAGUCUUGAAAAAUGAGAAACAAGAAAUUAACUCUAAAUUAGAUAGUUAUAUACAGGAAAACAUGGAGUUAAUAGACAAACUAGAAAAGCUUAGUGCUGAAAAAGUAUCAUCUGCUGAGAGCAUUGAAAUGGUUGAAGGAUUGACGCAGCAAGAAAAGUUGGAACUCGCAGCAUAUCAGAAGGACCUUAAUUCAGAGGAAACUAUCAAAUGCACAGAGGAUGACAGCCUGGAACCACCAGUCGAGUUAAACGAGAGUGUUUUGCAGCUGAGCGAGGACACGGCCGAAUUGUUGCAAAAAAUCGAGAUGUUUACACAAGAAAGGAAAGAAGUGAUGCAAAAAAUGGAAACCUUGAAGGACGAAAAUAAUUCCUUAAAUUUGAAAAUUAAGGAAAUUGAAUGCAAUAGAGAUGUCUUAGAAGAGACUUAUGAGCAGUUACAAAACGAAAAAGAGGCAUUGAUCAAUGAGAAACGCGAGCUGAUAUUAAAAUUAGACAAUAUCCCUGCUGAAUCGCAUGAAAGCUCUACAGAGUCUCUAGGCGUUUUACAGAUGAAGCUGAGCGAUUUGCAGAAUCAGUAUGAAAGCCUCUUGAAUGAAAAUGACGAAUUGAAACAAAAUUUACGGAAUCUUAAUUCACAAAUGCAAGAGAAAUACAACUUGGAAAAUAUUUUGAUAAAAAUGGAAGAACAGAAUGGUAAUUUGGAAUUAAAACUUAAAUCUGCGAUUGAAGAAGCCAAUACAUAUCAGCAGACGAUACAAGAAAACAAGAAUGAAAUAGCAAACUACUCCCAAUUGGUUGUCGAUUUGGAGGUCAAGCUUCGUGAUAGUGAAAAGGAAAUUGAAAAACUUAAUCUGGCGAUUGCUGAUUUAAGUGGGGUUAUUUCUGAAUUGCAGUCAAAGAACAGCAAUUAUGAAACAAUGUUGUCUGAACUAGAUCAGCUAAAAUCCACGCUGGGAAGUCAAAUGGAACAAGCUCGUGAUUAUGAAUUAGAGUUGAAUCAAAACGGCGACACAAUCAGUAGACUGAAUGGCGAACUCAUUGAAAUGAACAGAAAAAUGUUAAAAAGUCAGAAUGAUUUGGAAAUGCGAGCAAGUGAAAUAAAACAACUCAAGAAUGAACUUGAUAAUAAGGAAGAGUUCAUAAAGAAUCUGCAAAGCUCCAUAAACGAAAAGGAUAAACAUUUUAAAAUUGUAAGCGAGGAUAUCAAGGGUAAAUAUCUGGGUUUGCAGAAGCAAUUGGAUAACAAUGGCGAAUUGAUGCAGAGACAGGUAGCUGACCUUAAUCAGAAGAAUAAAGAGCAGUUGGAAAAAAUGAAAAAAAUUGCGGCUAACCUCAAAAAGAAGACUCAGGCAUAUCAAGAAUUGCAAGAGCAGUACAGUAAUGAAAAAGAGAAAUGGGAGUCUGAAGGGAAGGAGAAGAACAACGUUAUUACUAACUAUGAAAAAAGCGUUGAAAUAUUGCAACAGCAGCUUCAGACUGCAAUAGAUCAUAAGGAGGUGUUGGAGAAGGAGCUAGGAACACUUCAAGCAAGAAUUGAAGAGACAGACAGAAAUUAUGUAGAUCUUCAAAAUUACAUUUUGGAUAUAAAACAAAAAGAGCAGAAAGUGCAUGAAAUCAGUUUGCUGCAAGAAAUGUCCGCGAGUCUUCAUGAACGCCCUCACAAUGAAUCAGCAUCGUCUGAAAUGAUUCAGGAAGAGAAGGUUAAAGAGCUGGAAAUGCUUCUGGAGACCAAAGAAUCUGAACUAGUGCUUUACAAAGACAGGGUUGCAAAAUUAGAAGAGAACAUUAGGAAUUUGGAGGAGGAAAAGCAUAAAUUGGAGAUGGGAAAUGUAAAUUUAGAGGAACAACUGAACCUUGCUUUGAGUAAUUUGAAAGAAAAAGCGCUAGUUGAAGAACAACUGGCAUCUAAACUAACUGAAGUAGAUGCUAAUAAUAAGGCUGUGGAGAAACAAUUAGAGAGCACUGUUUUAGAGCUUCAAACACUAAAGAAAAAAUAUAAUGAAAACGAGGAACUAAGUAAAAAGUUAAAGAUUAAAUUAAAGAAAGCUCAUGAUAAGGUCAACGAAUUGAAACUAAUGGAAUCAAAUGUGGAAGAGUUACAAGCUGCCAAUGAAGAAUUAAAGAAGCAUGUUGCUGCAUUGGAAGCCAAUCAGAAGCAUAUUCAAAACGAAAAUGAAACUUUACAAAAGAGGAACAUGUCAGAUUAUGAGAAAAUUGAGGCUGAUUAUCAGAUUCAGUUGGAGGAAUUGUUAAGGGCUAAGAAUGAACUUACCAUAGAAUGUGAAAAAUUGCAAGAAAGAUUAAAGGAAGUUCAAGAUAAGGAAGAAGAGUUUAUCAUGGAAAUUGAAGAAUAUAAAAUCAGACUUCAUGAAAAUGAUUCUGCAAAUAUUGAUGAAAUAAAUAAACUUCGUGGAGAACUUGAAACAGCUAGUGUCAAACUUCAGGAGUCAGUAUACAAAAUUGAUGAACUUAAUACGCAGAUAGAUGUGUUGAAGGGUGAGAUAGCGUUAUUGAGGGAGAGACGAGCUUCGCUUGACGAAGUUAUGCGGAAACCCACAGAAUCUGAUGCAAUAGUUUCUGCUUCUACUCAGACUUGUGAGAACGAUAAUAAAAUUAUUAGCCCUUUAAAAGCAGAGCAUUCACAGAAUAUACCCACAUUUAAUUGGUUCAAUCAGGAUGAUAUAAACGACAGGAAUGACAUUUUCGGGGCUUUGCCUAGUCAGCAAAUACGACAGACGGUAAAUGUAGUGAAGCCGAGUACAUCUCAAAAUGUUGACUAUAUUACUGAUGCGAGAAGCAAAAGUGGGGGUACCAAAACUCUAACUCAGGCAACAAAUGUUGCUCAUUCAGCAGUUGUGGAAAAUAACCAAGAAGCAUUGUUAAAGAAAAUUAAAGCUCUUGAGUUUUUGCUGUAUAAUGUGGAUAAAGAAAACGAGGAAAAAGAGGACGCAUUGUCUCAAUGCGCCGACUUAGUUACAGAACUAACGAAGUUAUUUUCCGAGAACGAAAAUGUGUCUGAAAAUUCUAAUGCCGCAGUGAUUUCUUUAGAGUCCCAGGUUCUAUCUCAAUCCGAUGUUGAGCGGAUUUCUAAGGAAAGAGGACAGCUAGAAGAAAUGGAAUUUACACCAAUGAGACCUGAUUUUGGAAUACAUUCAAUGCCAAUUGUUGAGGAGACCAUUGAACCAAAAAAAGCCUACUUAUGUUAUAGCAAGGACCAUCAGAAAGAGGGCCAAGAGUUAUCUGCUAUAGAGUCGCAAGUUCUCUCAGCGAGUCAAUUGGAUCAAAUUAAAAGCGACAAAAAAGUGUUACAAAAGAUUGAAUUUGCAGAAGUAGGAGAGCUUAUGGGAGAGCAACAGCAACCAGUAAUUGAACCGUUAGUGCAGCCUGACCAUGCAUAUAUAUGCCAGACGAAAGAUGAUAACGCCCAUAGCUUAGAAGCUUUUCAAGAAAAUGAUGAUGGAUGGGGCUGGGGUCCUGAAGAAGCAAGACUUGAGGAAGAACACAUGGUUGGUAACCAACACACACAUCAAGUUGCAAAUUUGCAAUUAGAGGUGCAUCAGUUGCAAGACACUCUAAAAAUAUUGCAAGUGGAAAGAGAAAAUCAUUUAGAAGAAAUUAAACAAUUACAAAUAAAAUCCGGCAAACUAAUAAAGAAGUGUAAAGAAUUGAAAAUAAAAUGCGAUCAGGCUGGUUCGCUUAGACAUCAAGAUGAUGGUAGUUUCUUCGACUUAAAUGAAACAAUUCAAGAAGAAUUGAAAACCCAAGUUCUGAAAUUGGAGAAAAAAAUUACCGAAACUUCUACCGAAUUGGAUAGAGAGAAAUUGGAAAAAGCAGAAUUAUUAAAGAAAAUUGAUGUGUUAACAACAGCACAUGAAAAGAUGAUAGAAAUGAAGGAAAUCCAAGAUACAGAAGUGUUAAGGUGGCGAAGGAAAUACCAAGAAGCAGUGGAGAAGCUUCAGCAGCAAGAAUGGGAUAAUAAUGAUUUUACAGAUAUUAAGAAACCAGUAGUAGAUGCAGAAGUUUCGGCUAACUAUAAAGUAGAAGAGCUGGAAAGAACAAUUACAGAUUUGACACUUGACAAUGACGAACUGCAAGCCUUGCUUGAGGAACAGAAAAAAUUGAGGUUGGAAGCUGAAAAAGCAAGAAAUUCAGUAGAUGAAACGCAAGAACUAUCCAAACUAAAAGAGACUAAUGAUAAUUUGAGUAGACAAAUUGAAGAUUUAACCAAUCAAAACACUUGGCUUGCUAAAGCUAAGGAAGAACUUAUUGAAAAGGAAGUGAUGAUUCAAAAGUUGCAGGAGCAAGUCGCCGAGCAGCGCAGUCUACUUGACGUUAGCGCUAACAUGCAAAAAACCAUUGAAGACUUGAACAACGAAAAAGUUGAACGGGAAAAAGUAGUUGCCCAACUAAGUGAAGAUAUACGAACCAAAAUAGAGUCAGAGGGAAUGUUGACAGAAAAGUUACAUAUGUUGAACCAGCAAAUUGAACAGAAAGAUUCUAACAUUAACAGCUUAAAAACUUCUUUAAAUGAGACAAAAAAUGUGCAAACAAUAUGGGAAGCUACUGAAAUACAAUUAAGGAAUGCGAUAAUUGAGAAGGAAAGUGAGCUUGCUACCAUUAGAUCAGAGAAAGAAACAAAAGACAUGCAGAAUCAACAACUUUUGGAACAGUUACAGAAUAAUGAAGAAAAUCGAAACCUUUUGACACAGUUGGCAGCCAAAGAUAAGGAAAUCGCAGAGCUAGUGGCAGAAAAGGAAUUGAUGAAUCAGGAGAUACAAAAAAUUUCCAAUCAAUUAGAAAAGAUUAAAGAAAAAGAAUUUGAGGAAAGGUUGGAAAAUAUUGUUUCAGAAUUAAACUUAAACUGGCAAGCCCAAGUUGAUCAGAGAGGCGAAGAUGUAGCUGAAAGAUGGAAAGCCCACCUCGAAUUGGUUCAAAAUGAUUUUUCCUCAAUUCAAGCGAAACUUGCGACUGAUCUAUCCAAAGUAGAGGAAAGAUGCAAUGUUCUAAUUAAUGAAAAUAACGAAUUGAGACGAAAUGUCGAUGCAGAGAUUAGGAAUGAAGUUGAUAAAAUUUCAGCUUUGCAACAGCAAAUUUCAAGCAGUCAACAAAGUAUCAUUUCAUUGAAUGCCGAUUUGCAGCAAAAGCAACACGAAAUUGAGGAUCUCAAAAAAAAAUUAUUAAAUUAUUCCUCUUUUGAAAGCGAAUUAAAUAGUUUAAGGGAGCAUGUGGAGGAAAAAGAUCGGCAACUGAACAGCAUUGUCAUCGAAACGAAGCAGAGGCAGUUUGAUGAAAAACGAGAAGUAGUUGAAGAAAUUGUAUCACUCUUAGAGAAACAUUCGGUAACUCCCUUGUCCUAUGACAAGCAAGAUAUUGUUAACGAGUUUAGGAGACAGCUUGAUUUGAUGGACGGAAAGGACGCAGAAAUUUCGCAGUUAAGAAACGCGCUGGCAGAUAUAAAUGCCAAAAAAGAUCGAGAAAUAAUUGGUCUUAACCACGUAAUUGAAGAUUUGGAAAAGGAAGUGGUUCUGCUGCAUGAAAAAGAUGCCGAGAUAGUCAGGUUAACUAGCAGUAUAGAAAAUAUAACUGAAGAGAAAGUAGCUGUUGAGCAGGAAUUGAUUAAAACGCAACACGAAAUUUCGAACUUACAAGUGGUUUUGAAUGAGUAUAAAGAGAAACACGACAAUGACGCGCGAGAAAAUUUAAAACUUUUGGAAACUUUGAAAGAAAAAGAUAAUCAGCUUGACCAAUUAAAAUACCGAUUAAAUCAAAUUCAAGAGACAAACGAUAAUAAUAAAGAAGUAGAAAGGCUAAAUUUUGAAAUAGCACAAGGGAGACAAGACUGGGAAGCUUUAAAACAAUACGUCUCAGAGUAUCAAACUCAAUUGUCUACUAUGCAGCAACAAAUGGCUAAAAAAUCCCAAGAGAUGGAAGUGAUUAGGCAACAGAUCAGUGUUUAUCAGCAGACUAUUAAUUCAAAAGAUGAAGAAAUUAGGUCCCUUCAAAAUGCAUUGGCAGAUAAGGAAAUGGAGUAUAAUAUUAGCAUGGAACACAUUCAAAAUAGGCAGCGGCAGUACGAAGAAUUAUUAUCUUCCAGCCAAGAAGAAAUAGCAAAACUUCAAAAAUCUCUGGAAAAUAAUAAAAAUCAACAAGAGCAACAUCUACAGAAUCAAAAGUUACUUUCUGAAAAAGAUGCACUUAAUACUAACCUUCAGGUGCAAAUAAAUGAAAAAGCAGCCAUGAUCAAAGAGCUGGAAGAGAAAUUGUUUGAACAAUCAAAAUUGGUUGAUGAGGAUACUAAGCAAUUGGAAGAAUUAAAAUUAAUAAUUGAAGAUCAAGUUGUAAAAAUUGAAGAACUUAAAAAACAACUUUUUGAUGUGAGCAAUCAAUAUGAUAGUCUUAUUGCCGAGAUGGACAUGAGGCGCCCAUCUGCAGUUACGCAACAGCCUUCAUCAUCUUCAGUUGUGAAUCAGCCUGCUCCUAAAAAAACACACGUUUAUGAAGAUGAUCCUACCGAACCUGUAAGCAGAGCUGAGCUGGAUAUAGCUCUUUAUAUGUUGCACCAGCGUGACGUUCGCUGUGAAGAAUUAACUGUUGAAUUAACGCAACUGCUAGAAGAGCGAGAUACUCUUCAGUUGAGACUUUCCAACGCGAUUAGAGAAAAAGAGGAGCUUAGAAGACGACUUCCAGGGUCAAGUGCAUCAUCUCAAGAACAAGAUCCGUCUUCAAUACACAAAAGUAAAUCCUCGGAAAUAUUUCUGGCAGCAACUGGCACAGAACUGGCUAGAGAACCACUGGAAAGUGAUACACACCUAGCUUCAAAAUUGUCAGAGUUGAAGAACAUAGGUUACAAAAAGGACAAAACAUUCGUCGAUGAACAAGAAUUGAGGCAAAGACAGCAGUUAGCCAUUAUGCAGCAACAUAUAAACGAAGCUUCGAAGUUGCCACCGGAAGCAGCCGCAAAGCUAGUCGACGCCACUUAUACCCUUUCGCGAGACGUACAGAGUCCGUCUAAAGUGUUACUAAAUUGGCUGUGGGGAAACAGUACCCCGAAAGCGAACGAAUCGUGAGGAUUCAGGAUUGUAGAUAAGCUUAUUGUUGGUAUUUUAUGUAAUUUUUAAGUGAGAAAUUGUAUAUUUGUUUAUAUAACAACUACUAAAUGGUUUUCAACUAGUUUGCUAUUUCUUUCUGAUUUAAAAAUAGAAUAUUAUGCAACAAGUUUAUCGAGGUGUUGCUCAUAAAGUCCAGUCAGAGCAAUUGACAUAACUGCACCACUGCUCUCACAGAGUACUAUACUUUUACAUAACAAUGUCUCAUAAAGUGGACGGUAAAAAUUGAUGCGCGCUGUUAUUUUCAUAGAUUUCGUAUAUGUUGGAAGAAUGCCCCUAAAUUUCACACACUAACCUGUACUUUACCCCAUUUUCUUUCUAAACAGCAAUCUCCACUCACUUGUUUUCCCAUUUAACAAGAUCACAGAGAAAGUACAUAAAGUCACACAUCUAAACUGAAAAUUGUCGAACAGGCAAACUGU